UUGUGUUUUCUGUCAAAAGAGUGUUAUGUCGUGGAGUCGUGAUUAUUUGUACUUUGCGGCUUAAAAACGUUGCUUAUUAGUUACAGUUUAUGUUUAAAUAUUUUUCACAAUGUCUAAUAUAUCAUUGGACAAAGAGACGUUUUAUCGUCGCAUGAAAAAGCUGUAUGCGACCUGGAAGGCUGUUGCUUCAGAUCCUAAGAGUGAUGAUGCCCUGUCAAAGGUGGAUUGCUUAGUGUCGUGUGUAGGAGUAGAUGAAGAGACACUCUACAGCAAAUCAACAUCACUUCAGACAUGGCUGUUUGGAUAUGAGUUACCUGACACAAUCACUGUCUUAACAGAGCAUAGCAUGUGCUUUUUAGCCAGUAAGAAGAAGAUUGAAUUCCUGAGACAAAUAGAAAAUGGUAAAGAUGAAACUGAAUUGCCCCCAGCAAAACUUCUUAUUAGAGACAGAAAUGACAAAGACAAGGAAAACUUCAACAAACUUCUCCAAGAAAUAAAGAAAUCAAAAUCAGGCAAGACACUGGGUAUUUUCGUGAAAGACAAUUAUCCAGGUGAAUUCUGUGAAAGUUGGAAAGCAGUUCUGAAGGGAGAGAAGUUUGAAAAUGUCGAUGUCAGUUCAGCGAUUGCAUUAUUAAUGGCGCCAAAAGAAGACUCUGAAAUUAUUACAAUAAAAAAAGCAUGUCUGGUCACAGUGGAUGUCUUCACAAAAUACUUAAAAGAUCAGAUAAUGGAAAUUAUUGAUUCAGAUAAGAAAGUCAAACAUUCAAAACUUGCUGAAGGUGUGGAAACAGCAGUUUCAGAUAAGAAAUAUGUAACAGGAGUCGAUACAAGUCAAGUUGACAUGUGUUAUCCUCCUAUUAUACAGUCAGGCGGACACUAUAGUUUGAAAUUCAGUGCAGUGUCUGAUAAGAACCACUUACACUUUGGCGCCAUAGUAUGUUCACUAGGUGCUAGAUACAAAUCAUAUUGUUCGAACAUAGUCCGUACAUUGCUGGUCAACCCAACUGAUGAAGUACAAAGUAAUUACAAUUUCUUGUUAAAUAUAGAAGAAGAGGUGAUGAAGAGUCUUGUAGCUGGAGCGAAAUUAUCUACAGUUUAUGAAGCUGGUCUAGCAUUAGCCAAGAAAGAGAAACCUAACUUAGUUGAAAAUCUCACUAAGAGUUUUGGAUUCGCUAUGGGUAUAGAAUUUCGUGAAAGUUCCAUUAUUAUUGGACCUAAAACAAAUGUUACCGCGAAAAAAGGAAUGGUCUUCAACAUAAACAUUGGCUUGGCGAACUUAACAAACAGUAAUGCCUCAGAUAAGGAGGGGAAGACAUACGCGCUCUUCAUUGGUGACACAGUAUUAGUUAACGAAGAGCAGCCAGCGUCUCUACUAACACAGUCUAAGAAAAAAGUAAAAAAUAUAGGAAUAUUCUUGAAAGAUGAUGAUGAAGAAGAAGAAGAGGAGAAAGAAAACAAGGCUGAAAUACUCGAAAAUGGAGGUAGAGGCAAAAGGACUGCAGUGAUUGAAUCGAAAUUGAGAACAGAGCACUCAUCUGAGGAAAAACGUAAGGAGCAUCAGCGUGAACUCGCUAUAUCCUUGAAUGAAAAGGCCAAAGAAAGAUUAGCCAAACAGUCGACCGGCAAAGAUACAGAAAAACUAAGGAAAAGCACCGUUUCAUACAAGAGUAUUAGUCAGAUGCCACGUGAGAAUGAAGUUAAAGAAUUAAAAUUAUAUGUCGAUCGUAAAUACGAAACAGUAAUCCUGCCAAUAUUCGGUGUCCCAGUACCAUUCCAUAUAUCUACAAUUAAGAACAUCUCGCAGUCAGUGGAAGGCGAUUACACGUACCUUAGAAUUAACUUUUUCCACCCCGGCGCCACUAUGGGCAGGAAUGAAGGCGGGAAUUACUCUCAACCAGACGCCACCUUCGUUAAGGAAGUUACAUACCGAAGUACAAACACAAAAGAACCUGGUGAAAUAUCGCCGCCUUCGUCAAACCUGAACACUGGAUUUAGACUUAUUAAAGAAGUACAGAAAAAAUUCAAAACCAGAGAAGCAGAAGAACGUGAAAAAGAAGAUUUGGUGAAACAGGACACGUUAAUAUUAUCACAGAAUAAAGGAAAUCCUAAGUUAAAAGAUUUGUACAUACGUCCCAAUAUUGUUACGAAGAGAAUGAGUGGUUCAUUAGAAGCUCACACAAACGGCUUUAGAUUCACAUCGGUACGAGGCGAUAAAGUGGAUAUUUUGUACAAUAAUAUAAAGAAUGCAUUCUUCCAGCCUUGUGAUGGAGAAAUGAUUAUACUUUUACAUUUCCAUUUGAAACAUGCCAUUAUGUUUGGUAAAAAAAAGCAUGUGGACGUGCAAUUUUACACCGAAGUCGGUGAGAUAACCACGGACUUAGGGAAGCAUCAACACAUGCACGACCGCGACGACCUCGCCGCCGAGCAGAGCGAACGCGAGCUGAGACACAAACUGAAGGUGGCCUUCAAGAGCUUCUGUGAACGAGUCGAGAACAUGACCAAGCAGGAAGUCGAGUUCGAUACACCUUUCAGAGAGCUUGGUUUCCCUGGAGCUCCAUAUCGGAGUACAGUUUUACUGCAGCCUACCUCCGGAGCCCUUGUCAAUCUUACUGAAUGGCCACCAUUCGUGAUUGCAUUAGAAGAUGUAGAGCUCGUCCACUUUGAGAGAGUACAAUUUCACCUCAAAAAUUUCGAUAUGGUCUUCGUAUUUAAGGACUACGCCAAGAAAGUGGCCAUGGUUAAUGCCGUGCCUAUGGACAUGCUGGAUCAUGUCAAAGAAUGGUUGAAUUCUUGUGAUAUCCGGUACUCGGAGGGUAUACAAUCGUUGAACUGGACCAAAGUUAUGAAAACUAUAACAGAUGACAUUGAGGGCUUCUUCGAAAAUGGUGGAUGGUCAUUUUUGGAUCCAGAAUCUGAUGGUGAAAAUGAACAAGAGGAGGAAGAUAGUGAAGAUGAAGAUGAAGCAUACGAGCCUACAGACGCUGAGUCUGAUGAAUCUGAAGGGUCUGACUAUGAUUCUGAGGCGUCGGAUGAAUCUGACGCUUCGGGUGAUAGUGAAGAGGAAGACGAAGAAUCCGGUAAAGACUGGUCAGAUUUAGAGCGGGAAGCUGCCGAAGAGGACAAAAAAGACCGUAACUUCGAUCGAGAUGACUUCGACCGGAAACGUAAAGGACGAAACCAACAACGCUCGUACGACUCUGAUGAGGGAGCCGCCAAGAAAAGCAAACAUGACAAGUCUAAUCAUAAAAGUUCUAGUUCAAACCACAAAAGCUCUAGUUCCAAUCAUAAAAGUUCGAGCUCAAACCAUAAAAGCUCCAGUCAUAAAAGCCCUUCAAAGAACAGUAGCAGCCCUUCCAAGAACCGGGAUAAGCACCACAAAUCAUCCCACCAUGAUCGACACCACAAGAGUGACCAUAAGUCCUCUAGUAAAGACAAAGACAAGAAACAUUCUAGUGACCAUAAAUCACACAAACGGUCACGCGAUGACAGCAGAGAACACGGCAACAGCGCAAAGAAAGCGAAAAAAUAAAAAAGCAAACGUUUUGAUACAAAGGAUUCAAACGGGUUUCAUUCGCCACAGCGGCUUGUUAAUAAUAAUUACGUAUGUGAUUGUGUCGUCUCAUUAUUUGUCCGUCUAAUGUUAAAAAACAGGUCUGAGUGUUUUGUAUGUAUGUUGUUAAUAAAUUUUCAGUUGAGAAUGUGACACGAUAAUAGUUAAGUAAAUUUAAAUAAAUAAAGAACCUGUGCCCCACUUACACAGCACACGAUAUUGUUUUCCCCGAAAAAAAGCAAACUGAAUAAGAAAAAUAAGAAUUCAUAAUC